GGGCACACUGGCUUUAUUAUAUUGUAGUUGUUAUAGGGGUAGUGUAUGGCAUAAAGUUGGUCAAAACUAUUAGUUCAUGAUGUCUGUCACAAACAUGCCAACAACCUCACCUGGGGCCACAGAGGAGGUGACCAUCAAUAAUUCAGCAGAUAUUGCUGUUAUUAUAGGCUAUUUUGUCAUGGUUAUUGCAGUCGGAGUUUGGUCAAUGUUCAGGACAAAUCGUGGAACAGUGGGUGGCUACUUUCUUGCUGGACGCACCAUGGUGUGGUGGCCGGUCGGUGCAUCGUUAUUUGCCAGCAACAUUGGCAGUGGGCACUUUGUUGGUCUUGCGGGAACAGGGGCGGCCAGUGGAAUAGCAGUUGGGGGGUUUGAAUGGAAUGCUAUAUUUAUUGUACUGCUUCUGGGAUGGCUGUUUGUCCCUGUCUACCUGACAGCUGGGGUGAUCACUAUGCCACAGUAUCUGAAGAAGAGAUUUGGAGGAACCAGAAUCAGUUUAUAUCUGUCUGUCAUCUCCCUGUUUCUUUACAUCUUUACAAAGAUAAGUGUGGACAUGUUCUCUGGGGCUGUCUUCAUCCAACAGGCCCUGGGCUGGAACAUCUAUGUGGCUGUGAUAGCUCUUCUCUGCAUCACAGCCCUCUAUACUGUUACAGGUGGCCUGGCCGCUCUGAUGUACACAGACACUGUCCAGACCUUCGUCAUAAUUGCCGGCGCCUUUGUCCUCAUGGGUUUUUCCUUCUUUGAAGUGGGGGGAUACAAUGCCUUGCUGGAGAAGUACAGCUUAGCCGUACCUUCCCUCGUAGGGUCCCAGGACCCUCUCCGAUACAAUAUUUCCGAGCAGUGCUACACCCCACGUGCAGAUGCCUUCCACCUUUUUCGGGAUCCAGUCUCAGGUGAUCUGCCCUGGCCUGGAGUUCUGCUGGGAAUUGCCAUCAAUGGAGCCUGGUACUGGUGCACAGACCAGGUUAUUGUGCAGCGUUGUUUGGCUGCUAAGAGCUUGUCACAUGUGAAGGCAGGCUGCAUCAUGUGCGGCUACCUGAAACUCUUCCCCAUGUUCCUUAUGGUGUUCCCUGGAAUGAUCAGCCGAGUGCUCUUCCCUGAUGAGGUGGGCUGUGUUGUGCCUGAGGUCUGUAAGCGGGUCUGUGGAACUGAAGUGGGCUGCUCCAACAUAGCAUAUCCCAAACUGGUGGUCUCCGUCAUGCCCAAUGGUCUGAGAGGUCUGAUGCUGGCGGUGAUGUUGGCUGCCCUCAUGAGCUCGUUGGCCUCCAUCUUCAACAGCAGCAGCACCCUCUUCACCAUGGACAUCUGGACACGCCUGCGACCUCAGGCCAGGGACCGAGAGCUCAUGAUAGUGGGCAGAGUUUGGAUCCUCUUUAUCGUAGCUAUCAGUAUCUGCUGGAUCCCAGUUGUGCAGGCUGCCCAGAGCGGUCAGCUGUUUGACUACAUCCAAUCGGUGACGAGCUACCUUGCUCCGCCCAUAGCUGUCGUCUUCCUUCUGGCUGUUUUUGUCAAGAGAGUCACUGAGCCAGGAGCUUUCUGGGGCUUGAUGGGCGGACUGGCCAUGGGCCUGGCUCGUAUGGGGGCUGAGUUUGCUUUUGGCACGGGCAGCUGCGUGUUCCCUUCACCCUGCCCUGCCAUCGUGUGUGGUGUCCACUACCUCUACUUCUCCAUCAUUCAGUUCUUUUGCACCGGCCUCCUGGUCCUCUUUAUCAGCUACAACACACCGCCCAUCGGGGACAAGCAUCUACACCGGCUGGUCUUUGGCCUCCGGUUUUCCAAGGAGGACAGGCUUGAUCUGGACAGGGUGGAGGAGGAGAAGGCCAGGAAUGCCCGUCGACAGGCAGAGCAGAAAACCAGAGCCAUGGCUGAGGAGGAGACGGUGGAAAGCCCCCCACAGACCAAGUCUGGGCUCUGUCGUCUCAUUGGCUGGUUCUGCGGAAUGGGCGGAGCCCAGGCCCCAGAGCCCACUGAGGAGGAGGUCACCGAGGCGUCCAAGCAAUUGCCUGACAUCCAAGAACACCCUUUCUGGCGAUACGUUGUGGAUGCUAAUGCUCUCAUCAUGAUGACUGUUGCCAUUUUUUUCUGGGGUUACUAUGCAUAAAAGACGGUCCCUAUAUGUAUGACACAAUAAAUGCAUUCUAAUUAAAUGUAUUCACCUAUUGACUGUUCAAGUAAAAG